AUGAGGACUCUGUGGAUGGCGCUGUGCGUGCUGGCGCGGCUGUGGCCCGGGGCCCUGGCCGGCUGCGCGGACGCCGGGCGCUGCUGCCCCGGCCGGGACCCCGCCUGCUUCGCCAGCGGCUGGAGGCAGGACCGGGUCUACGGGACGUGCUUCUGCGACCAAGCCUGCCGCAUCACCGGGGACUGCUGCUUCGACUAUGCCAGGGCGUGCCCAGCUCGCCCGUGCAUCGUUGGGGAGUGGAGCCCCUGGAGCGGUUGUGCGGGCCAGUGUCGGCCCACGGCGCGCGUGCGGAGGCGCGCGGUGCAGCAGGAGCCUCAGAACGGCGGCGCGCCCUGCCCGGCCCUGGAGGAGAGAGCCGGCUGCCUGGAGUACGCGACGCCGCAGGGCCAGGACUGCGGGCACGCCUUCGUCCCAGCCUUUAUAACUACCUCCGCGUUCAACAAGGAGCGAACAAGACAGGUGGCCUCCCCACACUGGACCACGGACACAGAAGAUGCUGGAUACUGUAUGGAGUUCAAGACAGAGUCAUUGACUCAUCACUGUGCCAUGGAAAAUCGCCCCUUGACCCGAUGGAUGCAAUAUCUCCGAGAGGGCUACACAGUGUGUGUGGACUGUCAACCUCCAGCUAUGAACUCUGUGAGCCUUCGUUGUUCUGGUGAUGGCUUGGACUCUGACGGAAAUGAGACCCUCCAUUGGCAAGCAAUUGGCAACCCUCGAUGUCAAGGAACUUGGAAGAAAGUUCGGCGGGUAGAACAGUGUUCUUGUCCAGCUGUUCACAGUUUCAUUUUCAUAUAG